GAGAGAAGAUCAUUUUCCUUCUAGGCUCCCGUAGAAGUAGAAAUCCUACAAUUAGCUUUUGGCGCCUCUACCGCCCUGCAGCCGAGAUAAAGCCAUAAAGCGAAGGCUGACCGCGUGUUAAGAAGGCAUCGCCGAAGCCGUUCCUGUUGUUUUUAGGGUGCGUAUGCAGUAGUAAUCUAUUUUAUACGCUGCAUCAUAAUCGAUUGACCAAGGCAAGCUAACGGUAGCUUUCUUUUGCAAGUUGGACAUUGUUGCAGGCAACGCAGUGUGCGCAGAAAUGCACAACAUGGGCAAGAAGCAGAACACCAAGGGUAACGUGAAGAAGGAUGCACAGGACACACAGGAAGAGCCUGAGGAAUUUGUUGUGGAAAAAGUACUUGACCAACGUCUGGUCAAUGGGAAAGUAGAAUUCUUCCUGAAGUGGAAAGGGUUUACAGAGGCUGACAAUACCUGGGAGCCAGAGGAGAACCUGGAUUGUCCAGAACUGAUUUCAGCAUUUUUGGAAGCACAGAAGAAUGUUAAGGAGAAGCCUGCUCCCGUUAAGAGAAAGGCAUCAACAGAUGAGCCAGAGACGGAAGCCAAGAAGAAAGAUGCUGAGAAACCACGUGGCUUCGCUAGGAACCUCGACCCAGAACGAAUAAUUGGCGCAACAGACAGUAGCGGGGAGUUGAUGUUCUUGAUGAAAUGGAAAGACUCCGAUGAAGCAGAUUUGGUCCCAGCCCGUGAGGCCAACACUCGCUGCCCUCAGGUGGUCAUUUCUUUCUAUGAGGAGAGACUGACAUGGCAUUCCUGUCCAGAGGACGAGGCUCAGUAGAAUGGUCCCUGCAGUCCUCUGCACCCCUUUCCUCAGGACUGACUUUUCUCCUCUGGCUUCUUAGUUUUAGCUAUUUUAGUUAUUUUCAAAGAUGUUUCAACCCUCGCAUUGUAUGGCCGCCAAGGAGAGCUAUGUUGUUGUACAUAUAAAAGGAACUGAUUGGGGCGGGUGGGGUUGUUACGUAUAAUGAAAGAAGUCUUCUGUUAUCAUACAAUAAUUGAUGUUAUGGCAGUUUAGAAAGCAUACUCUUUGAUAGAACCCACCACUGCCCAUAUUCAUUCCUGGUCAAAGUUUGUAAAUUCUAAAUGGCUACUUUGGUCUGUUAAGGUGUCAACCACCUCUUCUAGUUUGAAAGUGCAUUUUGUAAACUCUGUCUGUAAAUAUGAUUUGAAGUUCUAAAUAAAGGUUUUAUGUGACCAAAUUCCA